CGCCGGUUCAAGGGCACAUCUCUACCUCGUGUUAACUUUCCGCUUACAGGAAUCAAAACACAGGAGCGGGGAAGCCACGUUUUUGGUGAAGAUUCGAGUCUUUACAGAAGAGGGGUGAUCAGUGGAGUGGCAUUCUUACUAAGUCUUAAGAACAGCAUCUCAUAAACUGCAGAGCAAUGGGAAAAAACAAGGACAAAAAAGCAAAGAGAACCAGUGAUGAUUUCCUGGAGAUGAGUUCCAACAGUUCCUAUGUCCCUGAAAAUCCCCAACAAUUUGCUCUGUCAACAGACACAGACAGCAGCGUCGUAGGAAGUCCGAGACGACUGGACAUGUUUACAUACAGUACAGAAAAGUCUAAAAAGAAGCAAAAGAAAAUGGAUCUGGCCGCCCAGGAGUGUGAGAAUAAGAGCUCUGAAUUCCAGACUGAAGGUGAACAUGAACAUGGCAAAAAGCCAAAAAAGAGGCACAAAUCAAGGGAUUGUGAGACACCUUCAGAUAAUCCUGCUGAGCUUUACAUCACAGAUAUGGUAAAUGGUUCAGCAGCUGAAACAUCCCAUCAUGAAGAGCCUGCAAGGAAAAAGAAAAAGAAAGACAAGCUGAGACAGACCGAAGAGACUGUUGCGCCUGCUGAAUCCGAAAGUGAUGUUUCAAGAAAAAAGAAGAAAAAGAAGAGGUCCAGGGAUGAAGUAGAGGAAAUGAAUGUAACACUGAAGUCAGAUGAAAAUGAAAUGAUGACCGAUAAAAGAACUGGAGACUCAGAAAAGAAAAAAAAGAAAAAGAAAGAAAAGGACCAUCAAAUACAGAUGUUUGAAUCUGCUGCUUCAUCAGCACAAUCUGUACUAGAGAACGGGUUUGAUGCAUCAACAGAAACAGGGGAAAAGCAGGCAGAAAACAUACAAGUUAAAAAAAAGGAAGAAAAGAAAAAAAGACAUAAAGAAAAGCAAAAUCUGUCCCAGAUUUUGGGAUCUCCUACAACAGCUGCAGUACAAUCUGUACAACAGAACAGAUCCACAGAUCUCCAAGAGACAGAGGCAGUGAAUGUAUCCACAGGACCAAAAGAAAGCCCAUCAAAAAAAGGAAAAAAGAACAAAGCGACACCCAAAAAUGGUGGUUUAAAAACACGACAGACGCAGACCAUUACUCCAAAAACUGAACAGACUGAAGAAGUUUCUGUAAAUGAGAGGGUCCAAAUUGGUACUGGGUUUGGCACAAAGAAAAAUAACAAAAAAGAGAGAGUCUCCAAAGAAAUCGAUCAAGGACUUUUAGAAGAACUCAAACAGUUUGUUCCAAAUGUAGGGUCCCGGGUACAAGCGGAUAUUAACAAAAUGAUUCAGUAUGACCUCCCACGGUAUAAGGAAUUCCAAAAAAAGGGUAUUCCUCUGAAUCAUGGAAGGUUCACAAUGGCAGAAAAUGAAAUCCUAAAAAAGAACGUUGAGGACUUUUUGGCCCUCACUGGAAUAGACAGCGGCACCAAGCUCUUUUAUUCUCAGCGUUUUGAAGAGGAGAAAAGUGCAAUAAAUAAACUUAAGAAGAAUCAUAAAUUCUUUGAAGCGAUAGCGAAGGGAAUUCCCAGGUCCUGUCAUGACAUUUACACUCGUGGGAGAAAAAUCUUCGAUGACAGCACCUGCAAGGGCAGAUUUACGCAGACAGAAAUUGACCAACUCUGCAAACUGCAAACUUUACAUGGAAAUAAUUGGAAGAAGAUUUCGGAGUUGACUGGAAGAAGCGCCGUCUCACUCGAGAAACGAUACUCUCAGAUUACUAAAAGGUUAGGCGUGUGGUCCCAGAAGGAAUUACAGAGGCUUUUGGGAGCUGUGCGGGAAUAUAUCAUCAGCGAGGUCCAACCUAGACCUUCCAAUAUCCGCUCACUACAAGUCAGUAGAGAGAUGCUUUACAAAGGGCUGCCCUGGCGGAACAUUUCUGAAAAGGUGAAAACUCGCUCCUGGAUCAAGUGCAGAGAGAAAUGGAUGUCAAUUUUAGCUGCCAAAAUGUCUUCUGGAGCUUCUGGGGAGUACAAAAGGACCACUAACGAGGGCAGAAUAAUGCUUAUAAAAGCAAUGUAUCAGAUGCAAGCAGAAGAUGUUGCAGAUGUCGACUGGGAUCAAUUGUCGGCAUUGUUUGGAGAUGUUCCUCCAUGUUACGUGCAAAAAAAAUGGAACAGACUUAAAGUCUGUUUUGUGCCGAACUGGCAGUCUAAAUGUUUUGCAGACACGAUCGACUUCCUCUAUCACAAAGUCCUGCCAUGCUUUGAAUCAAAUGGGUUGUACCAUCCUGACCAUGACAUCUUGCAGCUCAAGGAAACACAAGCGAAGAACUUCCUUUUUACGGACAUCUUCCCCGACAUCAGCGAUCAAGAUGAUUACGACGACGAUGAUGAUGAUGAUGAGGAGGAAGAGUAGGAAGAGUAGGAGGAGGUGGUGAGUAAGGGCGAAGAAGUGAAGGAUUAAGAAAAGGAAGAUGAUGCCCAUUAAAAGAAAGAAUGCAAACUAAAAGAAUAUCCAGCAGCAAAUGACCAACUUGAUUGAUUAACAAUAUUAAAAAAAAAAAAAAAACAUAAAAAAAAUUAAAGUCUUUCAAAAAUGGUAAAGGGGCACGCGCUGGGUUUUUUAAAACUGACCCUAUAGAAGACAGAUCCUGGACUUUUCUACUGAAAUAGGAUGUGAAUGAGCUUAUGAUUUUUGUUUUACAUUUACAUAUAAACUUGCAGAGGAUAUAAUUUUUAUACAUUUUUUUCUAGAACUGUAGGUGUUCAUUCUGUUAGGUGUUGUAAACUUGAACAUGAAGUUGUAUGCAUAAAAAAAUAAUUUUAGCUAAGAUCAAGAAUGAAUGCCCCUAACAGUUGGUUUGAGGGGAAAAAAAAUACAGAUUAUAUUGUUCUGUCAGCAGUGUGAUUUUCUAUUUGUUUUCUAAUCCUGGUUGUGUAAAAAGAGAAUUUGUCUCUGUUUGUAAUUGUUUUUUUUAAGAUGAUUGUAUGCUGACCUAUGUUGCUGUAUAUAAAAUAUUUUAUAACACCCUCA